AUGGAGAAAGCUUUCCGUUUUUAUUUGAAUUCCAAGGCUAUUUUCUUUCACAAAGGCCUCUCAUUGAAAUCAUCUACCGUCGAUGACCCUAAGAGUGGAUAUGGGCUUUUCAUCGAUCCUACAAAAUUCAGCGGUGAGGAAGUAAACAAUGGAACAGUCCAAUUGUUACGAAUCCCUAAACUUUUCACGUUUGAUAUCAACACACUGUUGGCCCUCUUAGGAGAUGAGGACGAGUUUACUUCAAAAGAACAAUUUCAAAGAACUAACAACAAGAUUAAGACGGCUCUUCGUGAAAUAAUGGAAUAUCCCGGUUUCAGCAGAUUUCUGACAGAAACAAAUUUGCUCAUCAUCUACUUCAUGAUAUUCCAAUCUAUUUUCAACAGUUAUGAGAUACCUGGUAGUAUCAAGUACUAUUUGAAGAAUAUUUUGAUGAACAGUGACGUAGAAACUGCUAUGGACACCAUUGAAGACUUAGCUACAGAUUACGGCCAUUAUCCUCAAAUUUUUGGGCUUCAAGAAACAUUGAAGUUAUUCAAAGACCUUUUUCUAAACCUUCUGAAUGUAAAUGAUAUCAAACACCUUUACUCAGCGAUAAUCUCACGUUGUCUAGAGAUACCGGAAAAAUCUGGCACCAAAGGGCAAGAAUUCACCGUUCAUUCCACUUUAGUUCCUGUUUUAGAUUUUGCCAAUCACGAAAAUACUCGAAAAAAUGCCUAUUUCGAUAUCGACCCUGCAAAUAAUGAUGUUUUACUCCUACUUAAUGCAGAUGUGGUUCAAGAGAGGGGUGCAAACUCCGUAGAAGUCUUCAUCAGUUACACGCCCACAGAUAAUUUAUUCUCGAUGUUACUAACGUAUGGAUUCGCUCCAGAUUUCAAGGGUUAUCCACAAUUUUGGACCGUAUCAUUAGACAGAAGCUUUUUAAGAGAUUACAACGGGCUAGAUUUAAAUGCAGAGUUGAGGACCUUUUACAAAUGGCUACAUGUAAACCCUGUAGUCUCACUAGUUAAACAUGAACACAAUGGCCAGGUCAGAUGGUUUAUCAACGACACGACACCAAAGUUUGAUGAAAUUUUGCUUCCAUUUAUUCCACCCUUGGGAGAUGCAAGAAUAGCACGCUGGGCAUAUGAUUCUGCCUGUCAUUUGAUGUUCGCCAAGAUGCAUUGCCUGGUUAAUCCUGAGACAAAAGAACAUGCAGCAAUGAUUGCGGAAAAAUACCGCUCUCUCAUUCAGGAUAGAGAAUUGAACGGUGAUGAUUUUAUUAAUUUACCGCCUUUGGCGUGGUCGUUACGCUUCAAAGAUACAAAAAGCGGUUGCAUGUUGCAAAGACAUAUGAACAGCGAAGAGGCAAUUGCUGAACUUCAACGAGAACAAAGACAAGACGCAGCCGAAACCAGGUCUCGAUUUGUUGACUUCUUCCGGAGCUUUUUGAAGUACAGGAAAUCCCGAAUCACUAAACUUACCAGUAACUCAAAUGUUACCAGCGCAUUGUUUGCCCAAGAGCUGGAGAUAAUUGAUGAUUUAGCAACAGCCAUUGAUAAAAGCUCUACUAUCUUCUUCAGUGAUCUCAAUGUUGUGCUCGAUGUAGAACCCAGCACGUUCCCUCCUUUAAGGUUUCUUCACGACCACAUGGAGAUCUCCGAGAAGACAGAGAAGCCAGUCCGCAAAUGUGAGGACCCAGCUUCUUAUACUUCCGGCGCAUUCACGGAUUUCUUUGAGGACGAAACGAAUCAAUACGUCGCCUUCUUUGGAAAUGAUUAG